AUGAAUUUCAUCAAAAAUCGUAUCGACCGAAAGCCGGAACCACUGGCUAAACCGCAAAUAUUCCGACACAUCGAUUUUCGCCGUCCGGGUUAUGGCCGUGGAAACGCACGCAGCAUCCACGAUACUCUGAAUGAAACACUGGCCGCAAAUGAACCGUACGUCAUUUGUGCCAUUGCUGAGGGCCGUGGCCAUGCUACACUGGAGAUCGGUUUGUGCGCUAUUGACCUAUCGGCUCCGGUACUGCAGAUGACUCAAUUCAGCGAUAAUUUUUGGUAUUCGAACGUGCUAACCUCACUUCAGACACUGGAUCCGGUUGUGAUCUUUUUCAGUGAUCAUUCGUUAAACAGUCGAACAUCGACACUUCCGACCAUCAUUCGGCAGAUUCUACCGGAUGUUCAGAUUAUUGGUCUAUCCAGGAGCUUUUUCAACGACGUCAACGCCCAGAAGUACAUGGAUGAAUUAUGCUGCUCGAGCUAUCAAACAAUGAAAAGUUGUAUUCUGGCCAAGUAUUACGGGUUGGCAGCUGUUGGCGCAGUUUUGCGUCACUGUUUUGAAAGUAAUUUGUUAAGAAUCGCACCAAAAUCGCUCCAGUUUAGGUAUCUGAGUAAGCAAAGUACCCUGGCGGUUGACGUCGAAUGCGUUAGUCACCUGGAGCUGAUUUAUUCGCUGAAAAGCAUGGCCGAUAAGAGCUCACUGUAUCGGCUUGUGAAUCACUGCAUCACGGGAAUCGGGAAGAGACAUUUACGGGCGAAUCUGUUAGAACCUAGCUGCUGUCGGGAGACGGUGGAAAAGAGGCUUAACUGUGUUCGAGAAUUACUCACAAAGGCCGAUAUUUUAUGCGGGAUUCAAGGAAUUUUGCGGAAUUUGGUGGACAUUGGCGGUCUGAUGAAGCUCUCGGUGGACGUGGAUAAUUUGAAAACCACAAAACAGAACAUGAUCCACGUAUUGAAUCAAGCGUCCACCCUUCGGAAUGCCCUACAGUGUAUUCCUACCCUCGAAGCUCUACUGCAGCCAGUCGAAUCCUCAAUACUUGUCGAUGUUAAAAAAGUGUUGCAGAAUCAAACCUAUAAACGAUUGCUCACAAAAAUUUGCACCGUUCUGGAUUCGGGCGACUGUAGUUUACAAACGCCAGAUUACCAUCGUCUGUUUCUGGUUAAAUCGGGGGUUUCCUCCACCCUGGACGUACUUCGAGGACUAUACACGGAAGUGAUCGAUGACAUAAGAGAAUACGUAGCCGAAUUGACACGAGAGCAUCGCUUACUGCUGAAAAUGUCUUUCACAAAGGCUCUCGGUUUCCACAUCCAAGUAAGCGUUAAGGAAACGGACACCUCUAUUCCAAGCAUCUUUAAAAUAUUAGGUCGUUCGGGACAACGAUUCAGUCUAACCACCGCGCAGCUACAGGCUCUCAACGAACGCGUGAACGGUACAAUACGCGAGAUUGAGACAGUUAGCUACGCCACAAUCAAGCAGUUGAUAGACUGUAUUCGCGAAGACGUGAACUCCGUUUACACAUUGGUGGCACACAUCACCGAUCUAGAUGUGCUGCAAUCUUUGGCGGUCGUUAGCCAGGACAGGGAUUACUGUCGGCCUAGCUUUGGGAGAACAACGAAAAUUGUUGCAGCCCGUCAUCCGCUGCUGGAGUCGUAUGGUGAAAACGAGAAAAUCGUUAAAAAUAAUAUUAUUGCUACUCCCGAGUACAACGUUUUCAUCGUUACCGGUCCAAAUAUGAGUGGAAAGACUGUCUAUUUGAAAACAAUCUGUCUUCUGCAGAUCAUGGUUCAACUUGGUUGCUAUGUUCCGGCGAGCAAAGCUGAAUUUCGGAUCGCCGAUCGUUUAAUGGCAAUUUUCGGGGCGGCAGAAAAUAUCGAACAGGACUUAUCCAACUCAUCACGAAUGUCACGAAAAUUAGAAAUGAUCGCUCACAGCUUGACAGUUAACAGUUUGGUCAUCAUUGACGAACUGUUCGGUGAUACGCAUUGUCCGGAUAUGGAAAGUCCACGCUGGAAACUGCUGGAACGAUUGGUCAAAUUUAUUGAUUUUCAAGAGGGAGCUGCCUGUGAAAGCCUUUCCGCCAUUGGAAGACCCUUUGUUUAUCUAACCACACACUGCCACGACAUGCUGCGUCCGUUGGAACAGUUUAACAACGUUUCCCGACUGUAUCUGCAAACAGAAACUUUUCACGUAGAUGGCGUCGAUCGUUUACGCUACAAAUACACAGUUGCCGAGGGUAAGACUAAUGUGAAAAAUUACGGUAUUUCACUAGCUAGAUGUGUUCGCAUACCGGAUAGUGUGAUUAAACGGGCUGAGCAGAUCAACGAACAGUUGAGGAACAGUAACUUUUGCGAACCUGUUGCUCACGAUACGACAACAUUCAACGGAUCAAUUUCUACAGAAACCAACCAUCGGCAGUUUGGUAAGCAGCUGUACAAUCUGUACGCUCAGAUUGCCUCGCUGAUUUCGGAAGCGGACGAACGUAAUGGAGAUCGUCUCGGUGAACAGUUAAACAGUUUACUGGCGGAAUUUACCAGUUCCCUACCGAGAGAAGUCGUUGAUUAUCUCAAAGACACUUCGCUGGAGUCAUUGCUACAGCAAAGAAAACAAAUGACACAAAGUAGCCUCGGCAGAACGAGAACCAGUGAGUUCAUGAUAGAUGUUAGCAAUAACAGAGCUACUCUGGGAAGUGAACGUUUCGAUAUGGAUGAUACUAUUUGUAUUGAUGAAGAUUCAGAGGAAUUUUAGAUUAAAU